AUGUCCAAGGCGGAUCGUCGGCGUCUCGUGGCUGCGAGCGACAGCGCGAGCGACUCAGAUGUAGAAGCCGCAGAAGAGCUCUCUGAGGACGACAAACCGCUGAGCUCCAUCAUUCAGACAAAGAAGCGCAAGACCAGAGUGCAGGGUCCACGGCAGCCUAAGAAAACCUCAAAAGAAACCGAAAGUGAGGCAAGCGAACUUUUAUCUGAGGACAACGCUGCUGUCGACGAGGCGGAACUUCAACUUCUGGCGAUUGAAUCUCGACGUCUCGACUUCGAAGUGGCCAAGUGGAAACAGCAACAAGCGCUGCGGCAUUAA